UUUUCUUUGUUUGUUUGUUUUUAGGCUAAGUGGUAUCAAGAUGGUGAAUGAAAACGGUGGCGCGCAAAAAUAGGCGGGAAAAAGGAGGAAAAAGCUCGGUUUCAUGCGAUCGCUGCUACUUCGACCUACGUUGAUCAGAGAAAAAUGUGUACCGUUGGUAUGGAGACAGCGGAACUCAAUGGCAAAGAGCCAAAACAAGCGAAUCACGAUGAGUACCAGUACCUGGACACGCUGGCACACAUCCUCAAGAACGGAAGGCAGAAGGGAGACAGGACGGGGACUGGCACCAUCUCCAUCUUUGGUGCACAGUGCAGAUACUCCCUUGCAGAUGGAACCAUGCCUUUGCUGACGACCAAGCGGGUCUUCUGGCGAGGGGUUGUGGAAGAGCUGCUCUGGUUCCUUCGGGGGUCAACCAACGCCAAGGAGCUGUCUGAGCGUGGCGUUCGCAUCUGGGAUGGCAACGGCUCCCGCCAGUUCCUUGACAGCCUCGGUUUUGUCGACAGGGAGGAAGGAGACCUUGGCCCGGUCUACGGAUUCCAGUGGAGGCACUUUGGAGCUCCUUACCGGACCAUGCGCACGGACUACGGGGACGAGGGUGUGGACCAGAUCAAGAACCUGAUCGAGACCAUCAAGACCAACCCCAAUGACCGCAGGAUGAUUCUCUGCUCCUGGAACCCGGCAGACCUGGGGAAGAUGGCCCUGCCUCCAUGCCACUGCCUGGCACAGUUCUACGUGUACGAGGAUGAGCUCUCCUGCCAGUUGUACCAGCGCUCUGCUGACAUGGGCCUGGGCGUGCCUUUCAACAUUGCCAGCUACGCCCUCCUGACCCACAUGGUGGCCAAGGUGACCGGGAAACGGCCCGGGGACUUUGUGCACACCCUGGGGGACGCCCACAUCUACCUCAACCACGUGGACGCUGUGAAACAACAGUUGGAGAGGGAGCCACGGCCGUUUCCCAAGCUGCACAUCAAGCGGGACGUUAAGGACAUCUUCGACUUCCGCUUUGAAGAUUUUGAGAUUGUCGACUACCAUCCGCACCCUGCCAUCAAGAUGGAGAUGUCCGUCUGAAGUGUCCAGCCCUGAACCGUGCGUGCAUUCUCCACCGGCUUGAUUUCCGUCUGCCCCUGCAUUUAGUUUUGCGUUGCAUUUGCAUUGUCAUUUCAAUCUGUGUUUCGUUGCAUUUAUUUUGCUACCAUUAAAGCUGCCGUGCAAGUUUUGAGUGGCAACCCUACUGCAACUCCUGCUUUUUUUUUGCAAUUACUGGAUCUGAACAUGCUAGUUAUUUUAGUGCUUGUACACAUACAGCUGAAUGUUUGCUCCGUGAUGAGUGUCCACUUCUCCCAUUUGUAAGUGUAAAGCAAGUCUUAUGGCUCGCUAAAUACGUUAGUGAGAAGAGUAAUUUUGCUCGACAUUAAAGUGGAAUUUUUACACAACUUG